UCACUUGAUGGUGUUGAUGUGAGGAGGAACAUCAUGGAUUUACUGGGUUUAUUUAUUGUCCUGUUUAAUGUAAUGUCUGUACGUUCUUCAUCAUCUCCCUCCUGUGAUGUCUCCUCCUCCUCCUCUGAUCCCAUCCCGAAGUUGGCUCAGUAUUUCACCACUAAGACUCGUUAUGAGGAGGUGAACCCACACCUGAUCCCAGAUAUUCACUUCAUAAAUGAAUCGUGGGUGAAACCUCCGGCUCCAGAAUGCAGAGCUGUCCACCUGAGCGCCAUCGUCCGGCACGGCACCAGAUACCCCACCGCCAAGAACAUCAAGAAGAUCAUCCAGUUCUGGAACCUGGUGAAGAACGGAGCAGAUCUGAGGUGCAUGAAGGACUUACAGAGCUGGAGGAACUGGUAUGAAGAGGACAUGGACGGACGCUUGGUGGAGAAAGGACGAUUCGACCACAAACAUCUGGCCAUCAGGCUGAUCCGGUCCUUCCCUAAUCUGAUAACCAAGCAGAAUGUAGAAGCAGGACGAGUGAAGUUCAUCAGCAGUUCCAAACACCGCUGUGUGAACAGCACCGUGGCCUUCAAACAGGGAGUCCAGGAGGAGCUGAGCAUGCUGGACGUGGAUUUGCAGCACACGAUUAAUGACGAGCUGAUGCGUUUCUUCGACAAGUGCCGGCGCCUGGUGGAGACGGUGGAGAAUAAUAAGGACGCGGUGGUGGAGAUGGAGAAGUUUAAUGGUGGUGCUGAGAUGGGGAGGAUUCAGGAGAAACUGGCCGAUCGAUUACAGCUUCCUUACAGCAACGUCACCGCCGAUUCGGUGGAAGCAGCGUUUUAUCUGUGCGCUUACGAGUUCGCCAUCCGAAAUCUGAACUCACCCUGGUGCCACUUGUUUGACCACAGAGACGGACAGGUGAUGGAGUAUGCGGGUGAUCUGAAGCAGUAUUGGAAACGAGGUUUUGGACACGACAUUAACAGCAAAGCGAGCUGCGUCCUGUUUCAUGAUCUGUUCAACCGCCUGGAAACGGCAGCCAACCAAACCCAGGCAGGUGAGGAGGUCCCGGAGGUGCUGACGGUUCAGGUGGGCCACGCUGAGACGUUACUGCCUCUCAUCACGCUGCUGGAUCUGUUUAGCGGCGACGCCCCACUCAACGCCUCCGAUUUCGCUUCUCAGUCCGGCCGCGUGUUCCGCAGUGGAAAGAUCGUACCGUACGCCUCCAACCUGCUGGUGGCGCUGUACAGCUGUCACGACGGUCUUCGACUGCAGUUCCGGCUCAACGAGCAACCUGUGAUGAUGCCGGGCCUCGCCGACCUUUCUCCGCUGUACCAGGACGUGAGGAGCCGAUACGAAGAGCUGCUGAAGGGAUGCGAUCAAAAGACGGUGUGCAGUAUGGACAGCUGAUCUGAUAAACACAAACAUACAUCAUCAUCAUAUAUAGUUUUUUAUUUUAUUUUGUUCUGCUUGCAAUAAAAAUGCAGUUUGGGAAAUUAAACAAAAUGGAUCAUAAUCAUUAAAA